AUGAAAAGAGAUAUAUGUGAGCCACUGUUCAAGCAAAUGUUUAUUACAGAUGUUUUUUCGAAAUCACUAUCAUGGAACAAGAGCAUAGAUUGCUGCUCAUGGGAUGGAGUUCAUUGUAACGAGAUAACGGGACAAGUGACUGAGCUUAACCUCGCUGGAAGAGGACUAAAAGGAAAGUUCCACUCCAACAAUAGCCUCUUUCAACUCACCAAUCUCAAAAGACUUAAUUUGUCUUUUAAAAAUUUCUCUGAAUCGUACAUUUCACCUAGAUUUGGUGAGCUUUCUAGUUUGACUCAUCUUGAUUUGUCGAAUUCAAGAUUUUCAGGUCUAAUUCCAACAGAAAUCUCUCGUCUUUCAAAAUUACAAGUUCUUAGUAUCCAGAGUAGCCUAUUAAGUUUCAAACCUAACGGUUUUGAACUGCUCCUUAAGAACUUGACCCAAUUAAGAGAGGUUAAAUUUUACGAUGUGAACAUUUCUUCCACCAUUCCUCUUAAUUUCUCUUCUCAUUUAACUACUUUGUUCCUUCAGAACACACAGUUAUACGGGGUACUUCCCGAAAGAGUUUUCCACCUUUCCAACUUGGAAACUCUUGAUUUAUCAUUCAAUCCCCAGCUCGCUGUUAGGUUUCCCACAAGCAAAUGGAAUAGCAGUGCAUCACUUAUGAAGUUAGCUCUCAGUGAUGUGAAUGCUUUUGGUAGGAUACCUGAAUCAUUUGGUCAUCUAACUUCACCGCGUAAUUUGAGAAUAGCUUCUUGUAAUCUCUCAGGUUCCAUUCCUAAACCUCUAUGGAAUCUCACCAAUAUAGAGGAAUUGAACCUUGGUGAUAACUAUCUUCGAGUCAUUAAAUUUGACGGGAAUAAGCUAGAGGGGAAAGUCAUGCAGUCUUUUAUCAAUUGCAAACAUUUGAAAGUUUUUGAUUUAGGUAACAAUGAAUUGAAUGACACAUUUCCGAAAUGGUUAGGAGCCCUACCUGAGUUGCAGAUAUUAAACUUAAGAUCAAAUAAGUUCUAUGGCCCUAUAAAAGAUUCUAGGACUUACAACUUAUCUGCUCAAAUUCGAGUUAUAGAUCUCUCAUCCAAUGGAUUUAGUGGAGAUUUACCAGUGAGCCUUUUUCAGAAUUUUGAAGCCAUGAAAAUAAUUGGUGAGAAAAAUGGAACUCGCGAGUAUGUAGCUGAUUAUUUUUCUGAUUUUUACUCAAAUUCCUUUAUAGUAAUAACAAAAGGACUGGAGCUUGAAUUUCCUCGAGUUUUGACUACAAACAUAAUCAUAAAUCUCUCUAGCAACAGAUUUGAAGGUCAUAUCCCAAGCAUUAUUGGAGAUCUUAUUGGGCUUCGAACUUUGAACUUAUCUCAUAAUCGCUUGGAAGGUCACAUACCAGCAUCACUGCACCAGUUAUCUGUACUUGAAUCAUUGGAUCUCUCAUCCAACAAAAUCAGCGGAGAAAUUCCACAACAUCUUGCAUCCCUCACAUCACUUGAAGUCUUAAAUUUAUCUCACAAUCGUCUUGUUGGAUGCAUCCCCAAAGGAAAACAAUUUGAUACGUUCGAGAAUAGUUCAUACCAAGGGAACGAUGGACUACGUGGAUUGCCACUCUCAAAAGAUUGUGGCGGCGAUGAAGGGGUACCAGAAGCAACAACUCCAUUUGAGCUAGAUGAAGAAUAAGAAGAAGAAGAUUCACCAAUGAUCAGUUGGCAGACGGUUCUCAUGGGUUACGGUUGUGGACUUGUUAUUGGACUGUCCAUUAUAUACAUAAUGCUGUCAACUCAAUAUCCAGCAUGGUUUUCGAGGAUGGAUGCAAAAUUGGAACACAAAAUUCUUACGAGGAUGAAAAGGCACAAGAAAAGACAUUAGUGUGUAACCUCUAGGAUUCAAGUCUACUGCAUUGUUGGGAUGUGAACAAAAGUUUUUACUUCCAUAGUUAGUGUUUGUGUUUGUUACAUUUUCUUCUGUUGUGACUCAACAAAUUCAAUUGCAAGGAAAAACCAUAGAAUUUCAUAGAA